AUGUUCGAGGAGCCGGAGUGGGCCGAGGAGGCCCCUGUAGUCGCGGACCUCGGGUCUGUAGCCUUAGGGCUUCGGCCCACGGCAACCUCUCAAAUCAAGGGUGCCAACCGCCGCCAGCUCUUGGCCACAUUACGGGCCCUGGAGGUAGCGUCUGUUCCCCAGCAGCCCCCUAGCCUGCCUGGCAGUGACUCUGAGGAGGAGGAGAAGGUAGUGGAAACAAAGAAGAAACGCACGAAAAAGGGCUUGUUUGCUGGUGCGUCUAGUGAAGUAGAGGAGAAAAGGAAGAAGAAACGUCACAAACAGGGCCCACCUAGCAGUGACUCCAAGGAAGAGGAAGUGGAAAGGAAGAAGUGCCACAAAGGCGUUCUUCUUGGCAGUGACCUGGCUGAAGAAGAGGAAAAAAAGAGGAAAUGCCAGAAACAGAUCCCUUCAAAUCUUGCCCAGCCCCUGGACAGUGUUGACCAAACAGAUUCCAAAGCUUGGAAUUCUAGUGCUACAAGUGAUCUCACCAAGCCAACCUGUGAGACCCCUUCCUCUAAUCCUCCCCAUACGUUGAGUCGCAAGCAAUGGCGGAACCGGCAGAAGAACAAGCGUAGACAGAAGAACAAGUUUCGGCCAUCUCAGCCACCAGAGCAGGCCCCAACCCCAGCCUCUGCAGAGGAGGCAGAGGUGCCUUCUGCCCCCAGUCCAGACAGCCAUGGAGCCCGGGCAGAGGCUCUUCGAGCCCGCAUGGCCCAGCGUCUGGAUGGUGCCCGGUUCCGCUACCUCAAUGAACAGCUGUACUCAGGGCCCAGCAGUGCUGCGCAGCACCUCUUCCAGGAAGACCCUGAGGCCUUUCUCCUCUACCACCGUGGCUUCCAGAACCAAGUCAAGAAGUGGCCACUGCAGCCGGUAGACCGCAUCGCCAGGGAUCUUCGCCAGCGGCCUGCGUCCCUGGUGGUAGCUGACUUUGGCUGUGGGGACUGCCGCCUGGCUUCAAGUAUCCGGAACCGUGUACACUGCUUUGACUUGGCCUCUCUGGACCCCCGGGUCACUGUGUGUGACAUGGCCCAGGUGCCUCUGGAGGAUGAAUCUAUAGAUGUGGCUGUGUUCUGCCUUUCACUGAUGGGAACCAACAUCAGAGACUUCCUGGAGGAGGCAAAUCGAGUGCUGAAGCCAGGGGGUCUCCUGAAAGUGGCUGAGGUCAGCAGCCGCUUUGAAGAUGUUCGGACUUUUCUGGGGGCCGUCACCAAACUGGGCUUCAAGGUCAUCUCCAAGGAUCUGACCAACAGCCACUUCUUCUUGUUUGACUUUGAAAAGACCGGGCCCCCUCGGGUAGGGCCCAAGACUCAGCUCUCAGGCCUGAAGCUUCAGCCUUGUCUCUACAAGCGCAGGUGACCUUUGGAGCCCUUCUUGAACGGGGAGGCAAAUCUUAAACUCCAGACUCAGGACUCUGAAGACUGUAUCCAGCCAGACUGUGACCCAGGGCCUGGUACCACCCUUACUCCAUCUCAAGAACAAAAUGUAAUGAAACUCGGCUCAACCCUGCUCUGAUGAAGGCUUCUUGGUUCUAGAAAGCAUAAAGUCGUUAGGGCUAGCUAAAGAGUAAGGAGUUCAUUGUGAGAACACAGGAGUAUGUGGGAAUUACGGAUCCCCUCAGUGUCAU